AUGAUUAAUAAGGCUUCGUCUUUAACUAGAAUGACAUUUCGAAUAUUCAUAAUGAUGACCAAAAAUUCAACAAGAUAUCCAUACGGGAAAUUGGACCACUUUUUCGCUAAUUAUGAGAUGAGUGAAUUUGAAUCUCCAAAAAUUACGAUUAACAAAUUUUAAUAUUUAAUUGAUGACAUUUUUUAUUCCAACAGUCUUCAAUUUAAUACUUCAUUGGCUUCUUAUUUGAAUGUAAACGAUGUAGAAAUCAAUUAAUUGUCGAUACUUUUAGAGAAAAUAUACUAAAAUAAUUUGUUUUUAUCAAGAACGAAUAAACAAUGUUUAACUUAAAUAAUACUAAAUAAAUUAGAUUCCUUUAAUGAGGAUAUCAUCUCCAUUAUAAAUUAAGCCUGUUUAUUGGGGUUUAUUAAUGAAUAGCUAAUGGAACUAUUUAUAAAUUAGUUUACUAUGUAAGGAAUUACAUAAUAUAAUUUUACAAUUUAAGUGUAAUUGCUUUUUAUUUUUGGUUAAGCUCUUUUAAAAUAUAAUAACCUUACAAAAAAUGAAGCCUUCAUUAAAAAGUGGUAAGAACUCAUUAAAAAUGCAAUUGUAAAAUAUAAACCAGAGAAUAAAAUAUCUGGUUGUAUGUUUUCCUAAAUUUCGUUCUUAUUUAAAGGACUCUUCUAUAUUGAAUUAGAAUAAGAGGCAACAUAUUUAGGAUAAAUUAUUGAAUUCUAUAAAACCUACUAUAAGCUAUUGAUUACAAACUUUGCAGAAAAUCAAGAUUUUCAAAAUAUGACCCCGAAAGAGUCUACAAUAUUGCUUACUGCUUUAUUAAAACUUAAGGAUUAAUUUCAAAAAUUAGAAAUAAGUAUUAUAACACAAUCCUUACUAAAUCGAAUUAAAAAGACAGGCGUUUCUGCAUUUAGUGACUUGGCUUUGCAAUCCUUUGUAUUUAAUUUAACCCAGCUUGGAGAUUAUCAGACUUUAAUGGCAAAUGACAUCAUAUAAGUUUUACUUUAAAAUGUGCAGCAAUAAUAGUUUUCUCAAAGGAUAAUGAUUGUAAUCCUAUUUGAAAUGCACUUUAAAUGGAGUAAUGAUGUACCAAAAAAUCAUUUACACAAUUUGAUAUCAAGUAUAAAUGUAAAAGAAAUUCCAGAUUUCGAGCUUGGCAGUUACUUCUAAUUGUUAACCUUAUUACCCUUAGAUUAAUUAUAACACAUAAUCAAUAAUAUCGAAUCCGUAUUUAAUAAAAUUAUUGAUAGGAAAUUACAAUCAGAGAAUAGUAUUAGAAGGAAAAUUAGUAGUUUUUAAAAAAGGAGCCUCUCUCUUCUGAUAGAAUGAGAAGAUCUUUCUAAAGGUUGAUAAAUUUAUUGUCAACUCAUGGUAAAAAUACAGGAUAACUCGAAAAAGCCAUUAAGAAAUUUAUUUGA